CCUCGCUCUUCUCUGUCUCUCUCUCUCUGUCGUUCUCUUCCAUGAGGAAGAGGAGUUUUUAAUCCAAGUGGAUUAUACCGCAAAUUUGGGCGACAGGAAAGGCGGGCGGUUGCAGUGUCUGCUGCAGACUACCAGCUUUAUGUCUUCUUUAAUAUCUGCGAGGUGGUGAAAGAAGCCUGCUUAUUGUUCCUGGUUUUAUAAGGACUAAUCUGGAGGAACCUGCUACAGAGGGUUUUCCUGUGCAUAGCCAGAUGGAUCUUUAAGUAUUUGUCCAGGUGUGGGAUGAUUUUGAGUCUCUCAGGAUCUUUUGGGAGUUACUCUGAUGAGGCUGAGAGACUGAAACAGACAGAGAAGAUGCUGGCAGAAGGACGAGUUUAUUCAGACAUGAUGGAAAGAGUUCAGGGUCAAAAACCUGUGGCUAUAAUCAUCACAGUUUCCUGUCUUUAGCCAACAUGAGGAAACCGUUUCCUGCAAACUCGUUAUCUUUUUGAACUUUCAGACCUUCUCCCAGUUUGUGAAACUGCCUUCAAAGUCGGAGCUGCGAGGAGCUCGAUGCUGGCACUUCAGGGACACAGGAUGGAGAGGAGGAAUGUGUUGGGCAUGAGGAAUCUCUUGAGGUUCCUGGGAAUUUUCUGCCUUUGGAUCACAGCUCAGGCUCAGAUGAAGAUCCCACCUGAGACGGUGCAGCAGUGGGCGUCGGUGUUCUCUGUGGAGCUUCGGGAGUUCUCAACCAAGUUCUCCGGCUCUCUGCUGCUGCAGAAGAAACUGAAGGAUGUGGAGCCCAUCAUCAAGAUCGUGGAGGUGGAUGGAGAGGACCUGGUGAAGGACUACUCUGAUGAAAUCGAACGAAUGUUGGGAAGUAAGAUGAAGUCGGUGAAGAGAUUAGCAGAAUCUGCAGAAGACUCUGACUUGUACCAUGAAUUCAACGCAACAUUAGAGUUUGAUUACUACAAUUCGAUGCUGAUCAACACGAUGGACGAGGAUGGGAACUACGUGGCUCUGGGUGGAGAGUUUUCCCUCGAGGAGAAUGAACAUUUCAAUAACCUGCCUGUCAGCACUCAGAUGAGCAACAUCCAGGUUCCCACCAACGUCUACAACAAAGAUCCCAACAUCCUCAAUGCCAUCUACAACACAGAGGCUUUAAAUGACGUCUUCAUCAGUAACUUCCAGAAGGAUCCCACACUCACCUGGCAGUACUUUGGCAGCUCCACCGGUUUCUUCAGGAUCUACCCUGGUAUUAAAUGGACUCCAGACUCUAACGGUGUGGUAGCCUUUGACUGCAGGAACAGAAACUGGUACAUCCAGGCUGCCACAUCUCCCAAAGACAUCAUCAUCAUGGUGGACAUUAGCGGCAGCAUGAAGGGGCUGAAGAUGACUAUCGCCAAACACACCAUCAACACCAUCCUGGAUACGCUGGGAGAGAACGACUUUGUCAACGUCAUCGCUUAUACAGACUACGUUCGUUAUGUGGAGCCGUGUUUCAGAGGAACUCUGGUCCAGGCCGACUUGGACAACAGAGAGCACUUUAAGGUGUUGGUGGAGGAGCUGCAUGUUAAAGGAGAAGCAAAGAUCAAGAAUGCCAUGAAGGAGUCCUUCAAAAUCCUGAACGAGGCGAGGGUGAACGGUCAGGGCAGCAUGUGUAACCAGGCCAUCAUGCUGAUCACAGACGGCGCCAUGGAGGACUUUGAGUCCGUCUUCGAGGAGUUCAACUGGCCUGAUCGCAGGGUACGAGUCUUCACCUACCUGAUUGGCAGAGAGAUGACCUUUGCUCAAAACACCAAGUGGAUCGCCUGCAACAACAAAGGUUAUUACACACACAUCUCCACACUGGCAGAUGUGCAGGAGAACGUCAUGGAGUACCUGCACGUGCUCAGCCGGCCAAUGGUCAUCAACCAUGACCAUGACAUCAUCUGGACAGAAGCCUACAUGGACACUGUGCUUCCAAACACAGAGGAGCUCUUCACCACCAAGGCUCAGAGUCUGCUGCUCAUGACCUCAGUGGCCAUGCCGGUGUUCAGCAAGAAGAAGGAGACGCUGUCCCAUGGGAUCCUGCUGGGUGUGGUUGGCUCUGACAUCCCACUGAUGGAGGUGAUGAAGCUGGCACCCCGUUACAUGCUGGGAGCUCACGGCUACGCCUUCCUCCUCAACAACAACGGCUACAUCCUGGCUCACCCUGACCUUCGACCUCUGUACAAAGACGGAAAGAAACUGAAGCCAAAGCCCAACUACAACAGUGUGGAUCUGUCUGAGGUGGAGUGGGAGGACACGGACGAGCUGCUGAGGACAGCCAUGGUGAAAGGAGAAACGGGCACCCUCAGCUUGAAUGUCAGAGCAUCGGUGGAUAAAGGGAAAAGGCCUCUGUUCCUCACCAACCAAUAUUACUACACCAACAUCGAUGACACACCUUUCAGCUUCGGCAUGGUGCUGACGAAGGGUCACGGGAAGCUCAUGUUUACGGGAAAUGUAUCUGUGGAAGAAGGGCUGCACGACCUGACCUCGCCGGAUCUCACCAUCGCCUCUGAGUGGACUUACUGUGAGACGGACAUCGACCCCGCUCACCGAAAGUACUCCCAACUGCAGGCCGCCAUCCGCUACCUGCUGGGGAAGGAGCCUGACCUCGAGUGUGAUGAGGUGCUGCUCUCACAGACACUGUUUGACGCCGUGGUCACGGCUCCACUCGAGGCGUACUGGAACGCCCUGAUGCUCAACGACAGGGUGGAGCCGGGGGUUGAGACGGCUUUCCUCGGUACUCGUUCGGGCCUGAUGAGGGUUGUGAGAUACACAGGAGUGGAGACCAGAGUGGCAAAGAAGUUCCUGACUCCAGCCGAUAAAGACAAUCUGUUCACCAUCGAUCACUUCCCUCUGUGGUACCGCCUGGCUGCAGAAAACACUCCUGGAAAAUUCUUCUACUACCCGGUCAAUGACAAAGGAGUGAAGUACAUCAUAGCGACGACAUCAGUGACCGUGUCCUCUGAAGGACAGACGGCCAUGGCUGGAGCUAUCGGGCUGCAGAUGUCCUUGGAUUGGCUGGAAAAGCGGUUCUGGACCAUUGCCAAGCAGCCCAACGACACAGACUGCUCGAACAUCGAAGGCGUGUGUCCUCUCAGCUGUGAGAGUGUCGAUCUGAACUGUUUCCUGGUCGACAACAACGGCUUCAUCCUGCUGUCCAAAGAGAGGAGUGAGAUCGGUCGCUUCUUUGGCGAGAUAGACGGGUCCAUCAUGGCGUCGCUGAUCAAGAUGGGAAUGUUUAAAAAAGUGUCACUGUUCGACUACCAGGCGAUGUGUAAGACCGGCCACCAUCACGCCAGCAGCGCUCGACCUCUGCUCAGCCCGUUCUACGGCAUCGUGGCUUUGAUAAGAUGGUUCUUCUCCAACGCUCUGAUGUUCCUGCUGGACUUUAACCUCUGUGGUCUCUGGCACUCUGAUUAUUUUGUGGAUGCCAAAGCUGGCUAUCACACAUCUCAUAAGCAGAAGAAGGUGGAGGCGCUGCAGCCCUGUGACACGGCUUACCCCGGCUUCAUGUACGACCCGUCUGUCAGAGAGGCCAACAGCCUCAUCAAGUGUGGACGCUGCCAGAAGAUGUUUGUGGUGCAGCAGAUUCCUGACAGUAACUUGGUUCUGGUGGUCACUCAGGCCUACUGUGACUGCUCCCGUCAGUAUGGAGCCAUCCUGCUGGAGCCCAAAGAGAUUAAAUAUAACGCCACAGUGAAGUGCAACAGGAUGAAGUCCCAGAAGGUGCGGCGGCGCCCACAGUCCUGCCACUCCUACCACCCAAAGGAGAACGCCAAGGACUGCGGCGGGGCGGCGGCAAUCUCCCUCUCACUGUCUCUCUUCUCUGCCUCUCUGCUUGUCUCAUUGGUCCUCGAGCGCUAAACCAGGAUGAUCCCACCAAUCAGGAUGAACGAGACAGUCAGGCGGGGACUUAAACAUCCAGCAGGUAGCCAAAGGAUCUUUUUUUUUCUUCUUGAAUGAGAGCCAAACUUGGACGGAGAGCAUGCUGGGUCAGCUCGGCCUCGCUCUGCAGCAGAAACAAAGGGCUACACACAUUUUUGCAAACCUAUUAUGGACUCUAAACCAGAUCAGAGCUUUGCACUGGCUCAUCAGCUGCAGGAGAAACAGUAAGACUCUGGGGGGGGUGAGCAGGCACCCCCUGCUGGACAGGUACGAACAGUGCAGCCUGUGCGUGGAGACACAUUGCCAUUACACUCGAACAAGAAUGUAGCACCUUUGUAGCUUUUUGAUACAGAACUGAUGUGUAAUCGUAGAGUUUUACAGCCAUGAUUUACCAAAACUGACAAAUUAGGACAAAAAAAAAAAACAACCAAGGCUGAGCUUUAAACACUGACUUUCUCAGCAGCUUUAGGGGUCAAAGGUCAACAGAAGAUACAGCGACUGUAUGUGAGGAAACAGGUUCACUGACGCCUGCCUGUUUAAGGUGAAGAGAGGAAACAUGAGGUCUUGGCUGAGACAGAAGUGGCGCAGCAGCUUUAGGUGGAAAUGAAGCUACAGUAUUCAGGGAUUAGUUUUUAUAGGCUAAAGAUGUACUGGAACUGUUCUACACCUGAACACAAUAAAACAUUUUUCACUUCA